AUGAGCGACCGAUACAGCAGACGCCGUCAUGACAGUGACGAUGAGUCCAAGGAGACGAGAUUCUCAGUGAAACCAAGAGAUUCGAGACGAGACGACCGAAACCGUGAUGAAAGAAGCAAUCGGGAUGUGGAACGGAGAGACGACCGGAAUCGUCAAGAGAAAUUUUCUAAAGGUUACUCCGGGAGAGAUCAAAGAUCUCCAGUCCGAAACGAUCGCCACAACAGAGAUAGAAAUGACCACCAUCACAAAGAAGAGAAAGACAAAAAACAAGACAAUCCUCGCAGAGACAGAGAUCGUGAAAACCGUCAAGAUAAAAGACGUGAUCGCUCUCGAUCAAGAUCCCGAUCACCAGCAAAACACAGAUCCCCUCCUAGUCGCCGCUCCCCGUCUAGUCACCGAUCCAGAGACUCGAAAGGAUCCAUUCGCUCGAUGGGAUCAACAUCUAGAAAAUCUCAAACACCAAAUGAAUUGUCCGAAAUUUCCCGUUUUGCCGACAGAUUGCUCGACUCGAAUCAGAACUCGAAUACUAUUUUGGAGAUUGAAGAUAUUGAAAAAUCGCCAACCCCACUCAAAGAUGAAGAUCCAAUUGUAUCCUUUACAUUUGAUGACACUUGUGGCCCCGCUAGACCUUCAAGAGUAGCCAGUGAGCCAAAUAGUGAUCACGACGAAGUGGAUAUGGAAUACAGACCAGCGACACCGUUGACACCGGCAGAUUUGAGAGCAUCGGUGACCCCGUUGGAAAGCGAUCACUCUGAUGACGAAGCCGAGGAUCUCUUGGAUCGAUACAACACCACUCCCGACUCAGAAACGUGGAAUAGUCUCCCGGAUGACGAGAAAAAAUUGCACCAGGACGCUAUGGAACGGCGCAAAAAAAGGCGGCACGAAGAAGCUGUGUCCAAACUUCCAGUGUACUACCCAGGACUGCGAGGAUGUCAACAUAUUGCCGAGUACUCCAUUCUUAAUACUAUUGCCGAGGGAACGUAUGGAGAAGUAUUCCGUGGAAAGAACACGAGAACUGACGAGAUUGUCGCAUUGAAAAGGUUUAAGAUGGAGAAGGAACACGAAGGAUUCCCCAUUACAGCCCUUCGAGAAAUCAAUAUGUUGCUGAAAGCUGGAUCACAUAUGAAUGUGGUCAAAGUACGGGAAGUUCUCGUAGGAAACACCAAAACUGAAGUCUUCAUGGCAAUGGAGUACAUUGAGCACGACGUCAAGGGUCUCAUUGACACAAUGAAAAGGAGGAAUCAAAGAUUCAAGACUGGAGAGCAGAAAUCGUUGAUGAACCAACUACUGUCUGGAAUGGAAUACUUGCAUAGUCUAUGGAUUCUUCACCGAGACUUGAAGACAUCAAAUCUCCUCAUUUCGCACUCCGGAGUACUCAAGAUUGCCGAUUUUGGAAUGGCUCGAGAAUUUGGAGAGGCAUCAGACAUUGAAAACCGCAUGAAGCUUACCCAAGUUGUUGUUACUCUCUGGUAUCGUUCUCCGGAACUUCUCCUUGAACCGAAAACGUACUCAACCCCACUCGAUAUGUGGUCCGUCGGAUGUAUCAUGGCAGAAUUCAUCACAAUGAAUCCGCUUUUCCGUGGUGAAAAUGAACCAAACCAAGUAGAACUCAUUUUCCAAAUGCUGGGCACUCCAAACGAGAUCACAUGGCCAGACAUAAAUGAACUCAAGAUUUGGCAGAAAGUCGAGUUUCCAAAACACAAAGCGGGACAGCUGAGGAGAAUUUUCAGAGGAGAAAAGCUUCUGAAUGAGACUGGAUUCAAUCUUCUCAAUGGUUUGCUGACACUGGAUCCAAGCCAAAGAUUAACUGCUUCGGAGGCCCUGAAUCACCCAUGGUUUGAAGAGCACCCGAAACCCGUGCCAUGUGAGGAUCUGCCAACCUUCCCAGCAAGAAGCGAACUGAAUGCUCCUCCGCCAGUCCAAAAGAGAAAAAACAAGUUGGAGGCACUUUUGGCCGAUGAAGACCCAGAGCGUGCUGCUCUUCUCCGUGCCUUCAAUGUCAAGGCUGAACAAGUGAAACCAAGUGACUUCCAGCUAAGAUUUUAA